AAUUUAUUUACUUAAAGCGUGAAAUUAGAUUAUCUCACUCAGAUCUUUUUAGUAGGUUUUGCUUUGAUUAUAUUGACUGAUUCAGAACUUAUAUAAUCACGCUUUUGUUAAUCAUCAUUUGUGUUUACUAUACAACUACCAUGAUUGAUCGUGUGGAUCAUUUCGUAUUGACAGUUCGCAACCUCGAAAGAAGUAGAGAUUUUUACGUAAGAGGAUUAGGAAUGGGUCUUGAAUCUUUUGGGAAUGGACGUACAGCUCUUACUUUUGGAAAUCAAAAGAUUAAUCUUCACAUUGCAGAGGGAUCCCCAAUUUUACCUCGUGCUAGUUUUCCAACUCCUGGAAGCGCAGACAUUUGUUUUAUUUGUAGCAUUUCAUUACAAAAUGUCAUUGAAAUUUUGAGAGAACGUAACUUACCUAUUGAGUUAGGUCCUGUCGAACGUACAGGUGCUAAGGGACGCAUUGAGUCCAUUUAUCUUCGAGAUCCAGAUAUGAAUUUAAUAGAACUCUCCGAGUAUAAAUAGUUGGUACCUAUAUUAGUUCUCCAAAGGGUCGGUGCCUUUCUCCUUGGGAUACGCAGGAAGUGUUUGCAUGCAGCUUUGCAGGUUGCUUAGCUUAACAAGACGACUUGGGUAAGUUCGCACAAAAAGUUCCUACUUGCUUCUUGUGGGAGCAUGAAUAUUAUUAUAAAGUAUGAGCGGUAUUUUGAAUGGAAUAAGGACUGGGUGUUUAUUAUGUACUGCUAAGCUACGUUGAAAUUAAUAAUUGGACUUUUGACUCGUCUGGUUGACGAACUAAGAUGUAGUAUCAUUAACACGUUCAUUAAUUCGACCAGCAAAAUCUUCCUAACUGGAGGUUUUGUAGAAGAGCUGUCUUGUUAUGUAUAUUUAUGAUAUUAUAGCAUAUAAACAAAAUGUGACUGAUGAGUAUAUAUAGUUUUGUUAAUCAAAUCAAUUAGGUCAAUCAGGAAAUUUUUUUAUUCGAAC